GGGCUCGCGCGAGCUUCGACACCCGAUUAUCUCCGGAUCCGUGAUGCUACUCGCGGCUCCGUUCUCCAUUUGAUUUCACGCAAUAGAUCUGCGUACACCACUCGCGAGCAAGCGAGCGGCCGCCUCUCUCCUCUAUUUCCGUGUGUGGAGCGAACAUCGCGAGAACCGGCAGUCGAAUAACCUUAACGUCUGACGUAAACGGAUAAGCAUCUUUGAUAAUUAUUGCAAACUGUAUGUGCCUCUUUUAUAGACACUUAUUAUUUAUUUCAGGUCUUGAGGAUCUUCGAGAUGCAACGUUAAGAUCGUUAUCGAGCGUAUGCAUGAUAAAAUUCGUUUCGACAGGAAUAUCAAUGUUAAGCAGUGAAAGGGUUAAUAUCGCGCAACUAUCCGGGAAAACCUGCUCUUUUUCCUUACGGUGUUCCUAACGUGUCCAAUGCGACCAGCUGUCCAUGUCAAAUCCGGUGGUGCCAAGUGCCCCAUGACUCGUAGCGACGUCUCAAUUCCGCCACGGAGGUGGGAAAGCCACUUCCGCGCGAGUCAGCGAAAUUGAAAAUUGCCCGCUGCCAGCGUUACAGCGCCAUUAAGCUCGUUCUUGCUAUUCGUCCUGCCGUUCUAUGCUAUAUCCUCCCAGUUUCUUUUCCCGCAAUUGAGCAACCAAAGGACGCGGAUACGGAUUUCUUCUCUCCUCGCGUAUCGCGCAUGACAAAGGUCACUGCAAGAGAGACUCUUCUGUUGGGUUCACGAGGAGAUCCUUUGUGAAUCAAGAGUGGGAUAUAGCUAUGGAGGCCGUCGAAUGCGUCAGGAACAGUAUUGAAAAUAUGCAAAAAAGCGAGAAUUUCGGAGAAAUUCGUAGUUUAUCGCCCAUUGAAGAGGAAUCCGAAUCCAUGCUACGUUUCAAAGAAGCAUCUACUAAUUUCAUUGAACCAGAAAGAAAUAGUUAUCGAAUGAUAAGAUCUCCCUAUAAAGAUUAUCAAAGGAUAUUGAGAAAAUCGGAAGGGGAUAGCAGCUCCGGAGACGAUCAAAUGGAGCAGCAAGAUUAUGACCAGCCUAGAAGAGUCACAGGCGGAUAUUAUUGUUUCGAAUCAGAUACUUUCAAAGAGGCGGAAGCUUCCGGCGACAAUGAUGAGGCAGAAAUCGGUCUCCGUGACAAGUCCUUGAAGACCACCGUGGAACAGCUUAAGUACAGAUUGUCCCAAGCUGAGAGGGAGAUCGUCGCCCUGAAGAGGUACCAGAGUCCGCAGAAAUGCCAGAGUCACGGGAGAUGUGAAAUUCUUCAGAGAGAUCUGCUGACUUGGCAAGAUGAGCACGAAAAGAGGAUCUCCUCUCAAAUAGUCAGAUGGCAAUUGGCAGAAAGAAGAAGGAUACAUGACGAGAUGGAAAAUAUGAGGAAAGUAUACGAUAAUAUCGAACGACAUCUGGAAAUCUUGGAGAAGCGAAGUGCGAAAUCUUACUUUGAUUUUCAAAGACAAAUCGAUGCGUGGGAGAAGCGACUUAAAGAGGAUGUCAUUAGUUUACACGAAAGCAAUUUGAUCGAACUAUGGGAACAAUUUCGAGCAUGGUCUAAAAUGCAAAAUGCAAAAAAUUCGUUGGAAGUUCGAAAAGAGAAAAGUGAAGCGUACGACUGUGAAGAUACAACUGUAAAAAAUCGAGAUGACUCUAACAAACCAACUAAUUCCAAACUGACAGCAUCGUACGAGAACAACGCCAAGUUUCUGCGUAGAAUAGAACAUAUUGUUAAAGUUGAAGUCCAACGGCAUCGUGAUGAUUUAAUAAAACGAAUAGAUCGAAAGAUCGCAGAAUUUUGGUUAGCUUUCGAAAAUUUCAAGCAUAACUUCCAUCUAGAUCGCAAUUAUUGUCGACAUAAUUAUAUUGAAAUAAAUAGCGAUGAAACAGAAUCAAAUAUAUAACGGAAGGCUUUAUACGUGAUUCUACUUGGCAAGAAAGUUGCAAAGUCUUAUUUAAAUACGGAC